AUGCCACAGACUCAGCGACCUACAGCAAUUACAACGUCACAGGAUUCGUCAACAAAAGAUGACGAUGAUUUGAAUGAAAGGGGUUCGGAAGACUUUAUUCGUAAAAAUUUUAUACGAUUCUUUGGCAAUAACCAGGAAGUUGACCAAUGGUUAGCAGCAACAAUUGUACAGUUUGAAGACUUUAAAAUCCUUCAGUCUAAUUCAAACCAAGAUGUACCUGGACGAACACCAACCGAAUAUUCAUUAAAUAUUUUAAAAGAAUUAUUUUCAAGAGAAGAACUUCAAACAAGAAAACUACCGAGAAAUCGGCUGUUAAAAAAUUUAAUAAAUGAACAAUUAACAGAUCAACAACUGGAUUCAGAAAAAAUUGAUUGA